AUGGAACUUGAUCCAUUUUUUAUGUCCAACAACAACAUGAUGAAACAAGAAAAUGAUGAUUUUUGCAUAGACUCUAAAGAUUAUCUUCAAGAUUUUGAACACCUUGAUCAUAAUUUUUCUAAUACUUUCAACAAUUUUUCUGAAAAUUUUAUGAUUGAUGAUAACACCAAUGGUACUUAUCAUGACCCCUUUGAUCCAUUUUCUAAUAUUGAGGAUAAUUUUUCUUCAUUAGGGGAUUUCAACUUUAUUAAUUAUGAGGGUAAUCCUUUUGAUCAAGAAAAUGGAGAGAGUAGUGGUAGCAAAGUAGUCAUGAAGAAUAAUUUUCAUGUUGUUGAUGGUGUAAAUGUGCCUGAUGAUCAAAGUUCAUGUGUCACUGGUGAUAUUCAUCAUAACAACUUAUCUUCAUCUAUGAAGAAAAAGCUAGGUGGCGGUAGAGGUAGGCCGAAGAAGUCUAAAUCGUCCAAAGGACAAUGGACAAUUGAAGAAGACAUGCUUUUGAUCCAUUUGGUAGAGAAAUUUGGAAUGAGAAAAUGGUCUCAAAUUGCUCAAAUGCUCAAAGGAAGAAUAGGCAAGCAAUGUAGGGAGAGGUGGCACAACCAUCUCAGACCUGAUAUAAAAAAAGAUUUUUGGACGGAGGAGGAAGAUAGGAUCCUAAUCCAAGCUCAUGGUGAAGUUGGAAAUAAAUGGGCAGAAAUUGCAAAGAGACUUCCAGGAAGAACUGAGAAUUCAAUUAAAAAUCAUUGGAAUGCAACAAAACGAAGGCAAUUUUCAAAAAGAAAAUGUCGUACUAAAUGGCCAAGACCUAGUUCCCUCCUUCAAAAUUACAUCAAAAGUUUGAAUUUAGAAAAAGGAAGCACCAAAAAGAGCAAUGACACAAAUCCCAAUGGUCGCGUUGAUUUGAUCAGGCGUGUAGAUUAUCCAGGAGGCUCAGGCUACACGCGCUCAAUCCCUGAAAAGAAAAAUGAAAAUUUGGUCAACAGGCCUAAUAAGCGUCACGCUAAGGUAUCACCUAAGCCAGAAGCUAUUGAAUUUUGUCAAGGCAAUAAUAAUAAUGAUAAUAUUGGUGAUUUUGAUUUGAGUGAAGUCCCAGAAUUUACAUUGGAUGAUAAUUUUUUCAUGGAAGAAAUUAAUAUUCCUCAUGUUGGUUCUUCAUCUAUUAUGGUUAAUGAGAAUAAUUAUGAGAAAUGCAUGGGAAUGGAGAUUAUGCCUUAUUAUGAAGUGCCAACAUUGAUGCAAGGUGAAGUCAACAAGGAGAUUGAUUUGAUGGAGAUGAUUUCUAGAGUUAAUUAA